CCAUUUACUUUACGUUAAAAAAUAUUAAAAAUGUAGUAUUUAACUGACAUGAUCCUGAAAAAUGGACAGUGCUGUUUAUCCAUUGUACUGUACAUUACAACCGCGUUCCUUACUGUUAGCUACAUCACCCAUGCAUGUUCAUCCAAGGGUAAUAUUGUUUUUGUUAUUUUGCAUUAGAGAACAGUGCCCGGAUUAACUUCUCAUGACUCUUUCAGGAACUGUGAAUUUGCAAUACAAAUUUUUUAGCAGUGGGCAGCUAUGCAAAGUCGUUUUGACUACAUCGUUAUCUGGCUCAGUUGCUCUUAUUUAAUGCUGCUGUUCAGUGCUUUGACGUUACUUGCACCAGAGAAAGCAGUAAAUUGGAUCACAUCUCCUGACCGAGACUUGAUGCCAUCAAAUGGACAUGACGCAAAAGAGCUUUGUGACUUGGUUUUUGUUGGCGGGCCUUCUGUGGAUUCUCCCUGUGUGUGUGUCUCAGAAUAAUCCCUGCACAAAACAUUGUGGCCCAGAGAGACAUAACCUCCUUCCAAAAUGUCUGAAAUGUUUCUGCAACGACAAGAAAAAUUUGGUCGUUGUAGAUAACUUCAAUGCCUUCAUCAACAAACAAAAGCCUUGGAAUCAAAGUGAUAUUUGCACAUUAUUUCUGCAGAAAAAUGACACUUUUAACCGAGAACUGAAUGAAAAAUGGCCUCAAAUCGUGACAAAGGAUGGCUCUUAUCUUAUGUACAUUUCAAGAUGGUAUAUUAGACGGGAGGUUCUCAAGUAUGUCCUGCAUGGGAAGAAAUGCAAUGCCACAGAUAUCAAAGACUCAACCUAUUCCACUGUCAACAGGGAUUCUUGCCAGGUCAGAUGUGUGCCUAAUAUAAAAUUUUGUAAAAGGUCUGAAUAUGACAAAAACCUCUGCAACAUUAGUGGUCAACUGCUCACGGACAGAUACAUCAUCAACAUUACAGCAACAGACAAAAACUGUGUCAACUGUAAUAAUCCAGUGAAAGCACCUGAGGUGGAAAUUGUUCUGAAUAAAACAAUUCCAAUUAAAGAUGGAGGACUCGACCCAGUUGAAGCUGUCAAAGUGAUGGAUGAAAUGGCCAAAUUUGCCUCCUCCAUCAACGGCUCUACAGCUGCAUUGUCUGCGGGAGAAGGAGUCACGGGCAUCUUAGUGAAAAAUACAGAAUCGGAAUUAGAAGAAGUCUCCUUUGCUUAUAAGUCUGUAAAUGACAGUUUACGGAUUAUAGAAGACAGAGAUAGUCUUUCUCACUUUUCAAGAUCUGUUACAGUCUCAAAAGAAGCGUUUGAAAAAGCUCAAGGUUCGAACACCACCGUACCAUUUGCGGCCGUUUUCCGAUUCUUGAAUCUGGGUCAGGAUGAGUCUAAAAGCACUGUUUUAGGAAAUGAAGUUUUAGCAGUUGAAAUGGGAGCCACUAUCCUGAAUCUCACAGAAAAAAUAAACAUCAAUUUUUGGAACAUGAGUUACGAAGGAACUCCACAUUGUCAUUCAUGGAACGGUGAAGGUAGCCGACCUAACUGGACUGAUGAUGGAUGUCUGACAGUGAAAAAUGGAAGCGACAUAACAUGCCAGUGCUCACAUCUGACAUUCUUUGCCAUCUUACUGGCUCCUCCAAAUGAAACCAUCUCAAGUUCUGAUCUGAGCACCCUCACCACCAUCUCCCAAAUUGGCUGUGGCAUUUCCAUGUUUUUCCUCAGCAUAGUCCUCUUCACACACUUUCUCAUAAGGAAGACCAAGGCCACUAAAGCCACGAGGAUCCUGAUCCACCUGGUGUUGGCCAUGUUCUUUCUUAACUUCACUUUCCUGAUCAACAACUUUGUGGCAAAAGUGAGGAAUACCGUGGGUUGUAGGAUCAUGGCGGCUCUCAUGCACUACUUCAUGUUGGCCACUUUCACUUGGUUUGCUGCACAGGCCUUCCACAUCUGCCUGCAGCUGUACGGGGGCGGCAAAAUUGACAUCCAUCAUUACAUUCUCAAAGUCUCCAUCACUAGCUGGGUAAUACCCAGUAUAGUUGGGAUUGUCCUGCUCAUCAUAGGAAAAUAUGGUGAACAAGUAAUCUACACUGAUAACAUUGAAGACAGCGUGGCCAUGUGCUGGAUAACAGACAUUUACAUCCACUACUUUGUCAACAUAGGCUACUAUGCUUUGGUCUUCCUCUUCACUUUCACUACCUUCAUCAUCAUACUGUCUUGGCUCUUUUGUCUCAAGAGAUCCAAAACUGGCACCGUAGAAACUAAAAGAAAUGGCAUUAGUAUCGUAACUAUCGUGGGACUGUGUUGCAUGCUGGGUAUCACAUGGGGUUUUGCCUUCUUCGCCUAUGGCGUCCUUCGAAUCCCCUCCUACUACAUUUUCACAGUCCUCAAUUCUUUUCAAGGUUUCUUCCUGUUCAUCUACUACUACACCACCGGCCAUUCAAAGGACACAAAGACUGGUGCGAGCGUUAGUACCACUUCAAGCAACAGCACUCUUAAAACUGAUCUCGAUAUCUUCGAUAACCCCUACAGCAAUGUGCAAGGCAAAAAAUAAAGCACUGGAAGAGAGAGCCGGACUGAGGAGUGAUGAAGAGUUCAGUCAUCUUGAAGAACAGACUACAAGCAAGUACAAAGAAUUAACUGGAAAGAGCACUAAUGUAUAGCUUCGUAAUAUAAUGCUGCAAUAACAAUAAUGCAAUAAUUAUUAUUUUCUGACGUAGUCGUUGACAAUUAUUAGUAUAUAGGGAAAUGGCUUUAAUAGUAAAGGGUUUAUGUUUCAUGCAAUUUAAUGAAUGGCUUUCAGACCUUUUUUAAUGCAACAAUGCAAUGUACAAACAUUAUGACAAGAUUUUUCAAAGGUAAAACUGCUAAAUAUUUGAAAAAAUCUUUAACUUGAAGUUUUUGAAUGCUUUUUUUUUUACACUUUCAGGACUCUCUAAUCUUCAACUUAUAUACAAAAUAUCUUCAGUUGCAGAUAUAGUGUUAAAAACUGGAAUUACCACAUCAUGGCCUAUCUCAACCAGUCAAAUUGCUGUUUAAAUCCAUGUCCGGCCAGAGCAUAUGAAUUCUCAAGUUAUGGCCAAAAGCAUGUUUUGUAAGGUCAUGGUGACCUUGACAUUUCUAAUAAUUUCACCCUUGAGUCCAAGUGUCAGAUGUAAUUAAAUUCCCUCCAGGCGUUCCUGAUAUAUCACGUUCACAAGAAUGGGAUGGAUGAGGUCGCCCGCGUGGAGGCAAAAUAAAGUUUUCCUCUCAAGCAAGAC